ACUGUUUACUAAGCUGCAGCCGAUGUGGUUCCGCUGUGCUCGGCGUUGCAAAGGGGAGGGAAGAAGAGAGGUUAGGUACAAAUUUACGUUGUACUGAAACGGAUUGUUUGUAAAGAAAAGGACAAUGACUUUUGAUGAUUUAACUGUCAGGAAAAUAUCUGCACUUGGUAACCAGGUAGGAAAUGAGUUGUGACAUUAGCCAGUUAGCCACAGGUUAUCGUUAUAGUAGGACAUAGACUUGAUCGCAGUCGCGAGUUUUUAUUACCGAAUUGCUGCACUUUGCAACUUUGAUAUCAAGUUGGCAGCACGCAUAUGAAGGGUUCGAAUUUGAGACGUUAUUUUUAAAUCACCCACCUACUCAGAUUUUGUUGGUUUGGAGUUAGGCAAGGUGAAACGCUUCUGACAGCAAUUGAAUUGUCAACACGAGUUCGGGGAUGGCGGCGGCAGCGGGCCCGCCAGGCGCAGUGGAUCUCAUUGACAUCUAUGGCGACGAGGAAUUCAAUCAAAGCAAUUCCGAGUUUCUCCCCCAGGACGGGGCAUUUGUUGGAAGGACGGAACACACUGAUCUCUAUGACGAUGUGCUCACUGGAUCUGUGACCCAGCGCAGACUGUCAGGAAGUGAGUCCAGCCUUCCCAGCAAGGCUGAGGCCACAAAGUCUGAGAGCAAGCCAGCAAUACUCUACACAUACAGUGGGGGGAGAAGCAAGAGACUGGCAGUGUACGUGGGAAAUUUUUCCUGGUGGACCACGGACACUGAUUUGCUGAACCUGGCACGUGGUAUUGGGGUGAAAGACAUUGAGGAAAUCAAAUUUGCAGAGAACAGAGCCAACGGCCAGUCCAGGGGGUAUGCUGAGGUGGUAGUGUCCUCGGAGGCGUCCCUGCAGCGUCUCCUGGACACGCUGCCGCAGUGUCAUAUCGACGGGGAGAAGGUGGACUGCCGCUUCGCCACACGCCAGAACUUCUCCCUCUUCGAGUCUUUGGCCAAGAAACGUGUUCCACAGCGUUCCAACUCCAGAGAGCCGUCAGAUUUCGGAGAUGGACGCCCUCCUGGCUCCUCCCCCGAUCAUCAGCAGCCCUCCCUCCUCCAUCCGCAGCUGCCUCACCCUCCAGUCUGCAAGCCCCCCUCUUUGCCCCCGCCCUUCUAUGCCCGCCCCCCACCAUUUGGACCGGACCCAUCACCCCCCUUCCUCCACCCCCCGCCCCAUGUGCCCCCUCCUCCCCCGCUGCCUCACAUCUACCCGCCGCUGCUACCACCCCUGCCCAGCCAUCCCGCCCCAUCCCUGCACCUGAACCCUGCAUUCUUCCCCCCCUCGCAGGAGAGCUACACCAACCCAGCUUACAGCCACAGCACGGGGCGAGAUGCACCCACACCCCCUGUGCCAGAAGGGGAGUUUGAGGAGCUCAUGAACAGGAACAGAGCCAUUGCCAGCAGCGCCAUCACCAAGGCUGUGUCGGGAGCCACCGCAGGAGACUUCCCCCUGGCCAUUGAGACCCUCCUCACCGCCAUUGCUGUCAUCAAGCAGUCCCGGGUGUCUGGAGACGAAUGCUGCAGAGUGCUGGUCACCUCCCUCAAGGACUGCCUGUUCUCCAUCGAGAGCAAAUCCUACGGAUCCAGAAAGAGACACCGCUCCCGAGAUCGGGACCGUGACCGGGAGAGGGACCGCGAUAGGGAGACCUCCCACAGCCACGUCUGGGAGGCCGCUGGAGUGUCGCGGAGGCACCGGGAUCGGUCGGCCAGCCUGGAGAGGGAGCGGCUGCGCGAGAGGGAGCGGCACAGAGAGCACCGGGAUCACCACCGCUAGGACAUCUCAAGUCCUUCACCACUCAUUCCCAGAGCCAGAUAAAGUCAGGAGGAGACUGGGGGGGGCUUGUUUCAGGAGCUUCUGAACUGCUGGAGAAUCUUGAAAUGUUGGAGGAAUGCAGGAAUGAACAACGUGUGUGUGUGUGUGUGUGUGUGUGUGUGUGUGUGUGUGUGUGUGUGUGUGUGUGUGUGUGUGUGUGUGUGUGUGUGUGUGUGAGUGAGAGAACUUCAGGAUGAUAAAGAGGUCCCAGGUUCAAAGUCCAAGUGUGCAGAUGUCCUUAAAUCUAAGAUUCACCAGAUCUGUUCAUAGCUGCUGGAAAUUCUUCUCCCUUUAUCUGACCCCAGUGUUCUUCUCACCAGUGUUUCUGGUGUUCCUCAUAGAAAGCCUUUUAAUUAACAUUGUUUUGUAAUUUAAUUUGGACCACAGGAGUUUGUGCGCUGCGGUUAAAGACUGUGGCAUUUGCCACAGGCCAGCAGACGACCUUUAGUUUUUGAUAUGUUAAACUAUGCUGUUUGUCUUUUUUUUGUGUUUCUUUGUUUUUGUAAUAAAUGAAAAUUCAAAAGA